AUGAUUAAUGUACCGUAUGCUGUAUGUGGUCAUGGCGUCUUUGUUACUCUUGGAAUUUUUAAUAGCCAGUACGAUCCUUCAAUGAGCGUCGACUGUGCCUUUAAACUUCAGGAAAAUUUCGUCCGUGAGCUUGAAAAACGAUUUGUUGUUAACAACGAUCAGAUCCCUGUUUGCGUCGUGAAUAAGAAAGGAAUCAAUCACCUGUCUGACUUGGACCUGGUGGAGAUAAUAAAGAAGUUGUUGGAUACGGUGUCGGGGAUUCCGGAGGAAGUGGAGAAGGCGAAUCUUGAACGGCGACUGACUGUGACGCAGACCUUGUCUGCACGCUGUCGGAAGCUGGAAACAGCCAAUGAAGAUCUGCAACAGCAACAACUAAAUGAUCGCGAUAAAAAACUUCUUUCCGAUUGCAUUAUGUCGCUUCUUGAAAAAAAUGGCGCGACAAAAAACCGUCAAAUGAGCAAUGUCGAAUUCAAAAGGCUUCGUUUACGUCUUGAGCAUGCCGAGGCUGAGGUAUGUCGAUUUUGUGUCUGA